AUGAUUUACAGAGGCAGAAAUAGAUCUUCAAGGAGUAAUAUCAAAGGUCCUAACUCAGCACUGACCCAAUUUUUACAAGAGGAAGGUAUCAGUGCAGAAACAAUUAGACAAAGAUGGUUAGAACAACAACAGAAAUCUGCCAGCGCAAGCCCUGCUCCUGGUGAUGGUACUGCAAAUGCAGCUCAAGCUGAUAAGGUUGAAGAUGAACGUGAAAAAUCUGAAGCUCUUCCCAGCUCUGACGAAGAAAUAAUACUGGAAAAAUCUAGUAUAAAUUUGGAAAAGAGAAUGAAUUUAGUUCAAGAUGAUAGUGAUGAAGAAGAAUAUGAAGAUACAUCUUUGACUACGAUAUCAAGAAGUCCUUCUGUGGUAGCUCUAGACGAUGAACUUAGAAAGAAGAGGACAAGGGAAGUUCUGAAAACUAGACAAAGAAAGAGGAAAAGAGCAGCAAAAUUAUUGGACAGACGUACUACUAAAAUAGCUACUCUUCAAGAUAUGGCAAUAGCUAAGAUUAGUGAAAGUAUUACUUCAUGGGAACGAGAGAAAGAUCAGGGAGAGAAUACUGUCUUUGCCCAUUUGAGAGACGUUUUGGGGGGUAUUUCCAUUGAUAAUAUGAACAAUCUUGCCAAGACACUCUCCAAAAAUAGAGCAUUAGAUGAUAAAACGUUGCAACUUUUCUUGAAAACCGAUUUAACAGAUCUAGCGUUCCAUGAUUGUUCAAAAUUAUCAUUCGAAGGCUACAAAACUUUAGCGAUCUUUUCACCGCAUCUUACAAAAUUAUCUCUCCAGAUGUGUGGACAGUUAAAUAACGAGUCUUUGCUUUACAUUGCAGAGAAGUUACCGAAUUUAACAUCAUUAGAUCUUGAUGGACCAUUUUUAAUAAAUGAAGAUACCUGGGAUACAUUUUUUGUUGAAAUGAAAGGAAGAUUAAAGGCAUUCCGUAUUUCUAAUACUCAUAGAUUUAAUGAUAAGUCACUUGCCUCUUUAUUGGUAAAUUGUGGUGAGGAAUUGGUGUCCUUAGGUUUAUCAAGGUUAGAUUCAAUCUCUAAUUAUGCCUUAUUACCACAGUACCUAAAAAAUGAACAUUUCCAUAGUUUAUCAUUGGAAUAUCCGUUUAAUGAAGAUGAUAUAACGGAUGAAGUUGUGAUUAAUAUUCUGGGGCAAGUUGGGAAGAACUUAAAGACGUUGGUUUUGGAUGGUUGCCUUGAAUUGACGGAUUCGAUGAUAAUAAAUGGAAUGUGUGCAUUUCUUCAUGACGGAAAUAAUUGUUCCUUAUUGGAAACAUUAUCAUUAGCUGAACUCGAUCAAAUAACAAAUGACUCAUUGGUAUAUUUCUUCAGUGAAAUAUCUCUUCCGCACUUGGUUAAAUGCAGUUUGAAGAGAUGUCUUCAAGUAGGCGAUGCGGCUAUAAUUGAGCUGAUGUUAAACAAAGGUCAACAAUCUUUGAAAGAGUUAAGUCUCAAUUCAUUAAAGGAACUAACGUGCGAAGCAUUUAUUUCUUUAAGCUGUGAAAAUUUACAAAGCCUUGACCUUGGUUUUGUAAGAUGCGUUGAUGAUAAAGUAAUUGAAGAAAUUUCGAGCCGGAACCCCAAUUUAGAAUUGAUAGACGUUUUUGGAGAUAAUCUAGUAACAGAAAAGGCAAAAAUUAAACAACGUUUGGUUCUAAUUGGCAGACAAAGUGAUAGUAUAUAA